CUCAGAAUCUUCAAAUAUUCAUGACCGUUUUUGUCCUUCCUCAUCUUUUCUCACAAUACCCUCUCUCUCUCUCUCACUUUCCAAACAAAGUCACUUUAUGCAAGUCAAUAGUAUCAGUGGCUAAUUAUGGUGUGCUUUCUAGCUUGUUUUGGUACUUGUAAGCGUCAAAAGCAUCGAAAUUUGGCCAGCCUAACUCCCUUUACAGACGAGAGUACUCAUGGGGUCGCUACUGAACCACCAAAACAAGACAACAUUGAAGAACCCAUUAGCCUAAUCAGUGAAUCAAAAGUCCCACUUGAAGAGCCAACAAAUUGCGGUGAUAGAAAGAAAGUUACCUUCGAUCUGAAUGUCAAAACCUGUGAGAAGUUAUGUACCAAGGAAGUUAUCAAUACUUUGAUUGAAAGCAAUGAGAAGAAAGAGAGAGAAAAGAAAGAAGAAAAAGCUGUAGAAAGCAAAUCAUUUUCGGAUUUGAUUGCUUCAGACAAAUUAUCCUAUCCAACAAACCAUAUGUACCAAAAUUGCCCAGAUUGUGAAGAUGAAUAUGAAGAUAUAGACUUAGUAGAAAGUGACUUUGCUGAUGAUGAGGAGGAUGAGGGUGGUGAUAAUCAAACAUCUGUGCAAGAAGAGUCCUCUGAGUCAUUGUUUUCUUUAUCCAUUGAUUCUAGAAAACAUGUCAGUGCAAAUGAAACAGACGAAAAGGAGGUUAAUAGUCCGAUGCCGGUUCAUGCUUCAUCAGACAAGGAGCUCAAGACAAUUGGGUUGAGCCCAAUUGCUCGAGAUAGGAGUCAAUAUGUUCAUCCUGUGUUGAACCCAAUUGAAAAUCUUACUCAAUGGAAGGCGGUCCAAGCAAAAGCACUCACUCCUAUAAAGUAUGAAGAGAAGGAGAACAUCAAUUUAGAGCCACAUUUCAAUAGAGAAACUAGUCCAGAGCCUAGUUUCAAGCAGUCGAAGCGCAAUUUGAAACCAGAGUUCAAUGACCUGAAGUCUGCAGAACAUGAAGUUGCAGUUGACACCAGCCUUUCCAGCUGGUUGGUUGAAUCGGAAACCACACCCAAGUCAAGCAAUAGCACUAAUUCUGUUAGGAAUGCACCAUCUGAGAAACUGAAUUCACCAAGAAGUCAUGAAGAUAGGCCAAUUCUAGGAGCAUUAACCAUUGAAGAGCUCAGACAGUAUUCUGCAUCCGCGUCUCCAAGACGGUCAAGAAGCCGAAGUCCUGAUGAUACACCAAUCAUAGGUACUGUUGGUAGUUACUGGAGUCAUACUGGGCAGACCACGGAUUCAGGCUCAGGCUCUUCUGGCAGAGGAUUUACAGACACCGGAAGCAAGAAAAGAGAGGAUGAGAGAAUGAAGUGGAAUUCUAUUCCAUUUGAAGAAAGAUUGGAGAGAGUUUUGGAGAGAGGUACUGCUGAAGUGUAGCAUGUCUUUUAAAAGAUGGUUUGGGAAAAAGGUGCUUCUCUUUGGGUGGUUGGUUGAUAUUCUCUUGAAUAUGUAUUGUUUAUAUGUAUGUGGUCCUACUUAUUUAUAUUGUCUUGCAAAUGUGUACUUAUGUGAUGAUUAAUGAAAGAUGCAAAAAUCUUUUUAUUAUUA